AUGAUUUUGAAAGUUCUCCUCGCAUUUGCAAGCUUGGGGCUUGCUGCAGAAUAUUCUGUCGUCUCUUUAUUCAUUCCAAAUGCCGAUCCUCAAUCCUUGUUGGGUGAAGUUCUGGGAGAGCAAUCAGCAACAACUACCUACAGUAUCAAUUGCCCGCCCGGCCGCACCAAUGCUACAGAAUGCGGUAUGGGCCCCGGCAUGUUUUUGACCGCGGCCCCAACAAGCGUUGAAUAUUUGAUAAGUGCCGGAUCUGACAACAUAUAUAAUCAUGCCAUCUGCGAGAUGACUGAUCUCCCAACCGGAGUCUAUACUUGUACAGACACUGUUACUGGAACGGGGGCUGGUACGACCGGCACCAGCACCUCAACCCUCCCUUGGGACCAGAUUACGUUGUUGCCGGUUACCAUCACUUCCACUGCCAAUGCGGUGGCUGCAACAGUUAACGCCAGUGCCACUACUCCAAGUACUCUAAGUACUACCGAGCAUGUGUCGGGUAGUGAGGCAACACCCGUUGCUGCUACCGUCGCCCCUACCCACGUGGGAGGUGUGGCUGGAAGGUCAACACCUACUGGCCUCGUACUAGUUUGUGUCGCAGUUCAAGCUCUGGCAUUAUUGCUGCUGUGA